AUGUCCACUCACGUAAAGUACUCGCGUGAUACAAUAGAUGAACAGAAUGAGAUCACCAAUCAUGGUGAUGACCUGCUGGACAAGAAGGGACAGUUGGUACAUAGGGGAUGGUGCAGACAACCUUUGUUGAAGUACAAUCCUGAUGUGUUGUCAAGGUUCAGAUCGGCAUUCAGAUUGAAGUCUUGGAACUAUUACGCUGUUGGAGGACCUACUUUCUACUUUGCAGUGGCCGCCAUCGACCUUGGCUACGUCACAAACUUCCAAACAUUCAUCAUUGAGUUUGACGAUGCCAACAAGGACAACAAGCAACAGUUGUGUGAGGAGAUCACAUCGCCAUCGUUGCUAAAGAGUCUGGGUCUGCCACGAGAUAGCUGCCAACAUGGCCAGCACAUUGCAUACUCAUCCUCCAAGUUCAAACUACACUUUGACGUUGAGGGCGACAGUGGCAACACCGAUCAACAACAAAAGUCAGUCAUUCAUCAUAUUCAAGUGACCAGCGCAAAGCUUGGAAUUGUGGCCAAUCUCCACUUUGACCUGUCGCCAAACAGAGAGUCCGUAGUGCUGAGCACGCCAAUCGGCAAGGACAACUUCUUUUACAAUCGCAAGACCAACCUGAUCCCUGUCACUGGCUCACUACAAAUCAAUGGCAAGGAGUACCUGCCGCAGCAACAAUCAAACAAUGACAACAACGACAAGGACAUCAAGGACAACAAGAACAACAUGGCAUUUGGAAUUAUGGAUUGGGGAAGAGGAGUUUGGGAUUACAACAGCUUCUGGAUUUGGAGUACAAGCUGGGGCAAGGCGGCCGAUGGUCGCGCAAUUGGCUUGAACUUGGGCUCAGGCUUUGGCGACCUGUCAACUCAUACAGAGAAUGCAAUCAAUGUGGAUGGAGUCAUUCACAAGCUUGGCCACAUCGAGUUUGAGUACGACGAUAAGGACCUCAUGGCGCCUUGGCGAUUCGUCUGCAAGCAUGGACGUUUUGGCGAGCAACCAUUGACAUUCACACCGAUCAAGAAGAAGUGGGAGCACAACAACUUUGGUCUGGUCAUGUCCAGCUUCCACCAAAUCGUUGGACGUGUCACUGGCGAGCUACUCCUCGACUCUGGCGAACGUCUUGCCAUCGACAUUCACUCAUUCACUGAGGUUCACUAUGCUAGAUGGUGA